CACCAUUUUCAACACAAACAAAUAAUAAUUCAAUACAAAUCAAUUUGAGUUAUGGCAAUAUGGUAGUAUGUUUUGAUCUAAAUUUUAGUCCUGCUAUUAAAGAUGGAAAAAUGUAAUAUUCAUGGGACGGAGAUUGAUAUUCCUAUUGAACUAAUUGAAAACCCUGAAGUGUUUGCAUCUGUACUCAGUUUGGAAACAUGGGAGCAUGUUUUAACUCCAGAAAACAAAAGUCAUUUAAAGAAAUUCCUUCCUGUCCUUCCUACUGAUUACCCGCAUGCGCAGGAAGAUAAUCUACGAUCGCUUUUUAAUGGAGAGAAUUUUAAGUUUGGCAAUCCAUUGCAAACUUUCCAACAAAAACUCCACGAUGGCCUUUACACGUCUGACAUCGUCAAUUACAGGAAAAUGUGCAAGAAAGCAAAGAUGAAGGAAUACAAGCUCAGGUUGAAGAAAUUUUAUCGCAAUUUAAUCAUGGGCGUUCUUCUCUCCAGAGAGGAAGUUAUGACUCAAGUCAUUCCAAACGCUCAACUAAUGACAUCAAUGUUUUUAAGCUAUAACAACCGAGCUCGACAUGAAGCUUUAAGUGGAAGUCUCGAAGCAAAAUAUAGAAGAUUCUUGAAUGAGAUAAAAGAUGAGUGUGAGGAUCAGAGUAUUUCUUCAGACGAUGAAGAUAUUAACACAGAAACACAUUUUGUUUUUAAUGGUAAUAGUAGAGCUCCGUGCACAAAUCGUCAUAAUGGCGACCGUAAAACGGGUAACGUAACUCCAGAUUCAAGGCGUCUGUUUUCUGAAGAAGAUUAUUAUAGACUGCUGCAAAGUCAUUGGAAAAAACGGAUUAAUAAAGAGAUUUCACCUGAGCUAGAAACUGAAUACAUAACUUUGGAAGAUGUAAUUGCCAGGACAAAUGUCGUCGCAAGAAAAUCUUCAAAAUCAGUCAUAAAAAGAAAAUACAAAGUGAAAGAUAAACGUGAAAAGAAAAAGAUGUUGAAGAAAAAGCGCAUUGUACCAAGCGCAGCUACAAAAAAUCAAUCUUCUGCUUCCACUUUGCCUGCUGUUAGCCUUUCUUCUCUCCAAAAACCUAGGAUAGAUGAUACAUUGGUCGAUUUUAGCAUUGAUGGUGCAGAUGAUGUUAAAAGCCUCAAAUUAAUGCGCAGAAAUUGUCCAUCUUUCUUUUCGUUAUUGCGUGAUAUAUUUUUGGAUCUUCCUGACACUACCGCUGAUCUUGAUCAGUUGGAACGAAUGGUUCGUGACUGGCAGCAAUCACCCUCGUUCGAUGCCAGUGCUUGGAGUAAAAAAGAAAAAAAUUGGAUUGACUUGAUACCAUGUGCUUUAAAAUUCCUUGCUGGCAGUGGAAAAGAUGUACACAACUGUCCCCCAUACAUUCCUAUGGUCAUCUUCAAGCAGAAGGUUCAUCAGUGGAAAUGGAUUGGAACUUUGCGUGACAAAGAUAGUGAUCUUGUUCCUUUGUUCGAACAUUGGCUUGACUUUAAAGAUAAUGCAAUUACGGGUAAUCCGCCAUCUUCAGCUGCAACAGUAAUACCACGCACUGAUUAUGUUGUUGAACCCAGUACAGAUAUUGAGAAAUCUGAGUAUCAAGAACAGGAACAAUUACGAUAUGAAAAUCCUCACAAGCCUUUUAUUUACAAGAUGCAUGGAUUUGAAUCGAUAGUCGCUCCAGUAAAGGGCGUAUUUACGAAAGAAUCCAAUUUAAACAAAGCAAGAGAGCAUUCAUUAUUAGUUUCCAAACGACCUCCAUACGUCACCAUUUUAACAUUAGUACGUGAUGCUGCUGCAAGACUUCCUAAUGGAGAAGGAACUAGAGCUGAGGUUUGUCUUUUGCUGAAGGAUUCACAAUACAUCAGUCCAAAUGCGACUGAUGGGCAGAUCCACACAGUCGUAAGUGGAGCACUAGAUCGACUGCAUUAUGAGAAAGAUCCUUGUGUGAAGUACGAUAAUGCGCGGAAAGUUUGGAUAUAUCUUCAUAAGACCAGGACUAUUGAAGAAUUUGAAAAGCUUCACGAAGCAAGUGCUGCAGCCGCCCGUGCGAAAAAACAGCAAAAUCAAAAGCAGAAGAUGAUUAAACAACAGCAAAAGGUUAAAGAGGCAGCGAUCAUUGGUACAGCGGACAUAUCGCUUGCAGGUUUAAAUGAAAAACCUAAACACGAAAUCAGCGACAAUCAAAACGCGAAAUUAGUGACGUCAAAUUUCGUCUCAACUGAAUCGACAAAGGCCAAAAUAUUUAACAAAACAAAGCGAACGCCUCCCACUCUGUUGAAAAAGCAAGAAACGAAAACAGUACCAUCAGAAAGCAUGUUGAACAGUACUAAAGACUUGGCAACACUAUCGCAAUCCUCUUUACUUGCUGUGUCCAAGGUGGAUAGUUUACCUUCUGUACAGCUUGUUCGUCCCGUACUACCAUUACCUCACACGAAACAAUUAACGGAUCCUUUCAGUCGGAUUUUGAACCAAGAUCGAAAUGUUAUGCAACGUGUAAGACCUGUUGGAAAUUUACAUAUUGCCUCAACGUUGACUACGCCUUUAAUGAACCAACCAGAAUUCAAUAGAUCAUUAACUUCAUCUUCAAACAUUGGAAUGAAUGAAGCUGAUAGUAGUAGUUCUGCUGACAGCGACACUGAGACAGAUAGCAGUGAUGAAAAUAAAUCCAUUCCUGUAAAACCUGUUUCUCGGCCGCAAGAUUCUUCUACUUCAUCACAAACAAGAGAACAAAGACUUCCAUUCAACAGUGUUAUGUCAAUGUUUCAAAGCAAUCCACGAGCACAGGGUCGUGGCAGUUCAUUUGGCGGAUAUUGACCAUCUCACUUCAGCAAGACGAGCAAUUAUCAAAAAAUUAAUUUCUACUCCGAGCCCAAUGAGAGCAUCUUAACUAAGUGUUUUCCUAAAUGAAACCAAGCUUAUUUAAGCAGAGAAAAUUGUUGAUAUGUGUAUUAUGGUUGUCUCCUUUUAAGUUUCCUGCAUGCAUGUGCUACAUUGUAUAACUAUUUUAUGUUUUUGAAAAAUUAACCACUUUGCAUGGUUGCAAUAACAAACUUGUCUACUUCUGUGUGGUAUAUAUGUAUGAUUAUGUUCUUAGUCAUUUUGUCUUUUUGCGAAUCCGGUAGUGUAAACGCAGCCUCAGUAUCUACCAAUGCAAUUGAAUAAAAUAAGGCAUACGAACUGUGUCUACUGCGCAUGGCUAGUCUCGAGAAUGCAAUUCAUUUCAGUAGCGUUUACUCCUGCUUGAAGAUAAAUUACUUCAAGUUCUAAUUGUCGUAUGGUGAUUUUAAAGAGAAACAGUUUUAAAUAAACAUGCUAAUCCUCUUCAAAAAUGACGAUAGAGAAAUAACUUCAUUGUGCCUUAACUGCUGUUUGUGUAUGUUGAAAUUAAUAAUGAACAAUGA